UUCCUCCAUUAGUAUUUUAGCUCCCGCUUUCUCUCUCUCAGUUUCUCUCUCCAAACGAACUUUUUCUCUCUCCAAAUCCCGAAGUUUGGAAGAGAAAAUAGUUGAAAUGGGCAUGGAAGAUAGCGGCAGUAGCGGUGGGAGCAGCCACCGCCGCGUUGUCUCUGCAACUUCCGAUGCUGAUGAUGGUACGCCUCGUGCUUCCAGCCCCUCUGCUUCGUCCACCGUGACUCAGACGCUCAUGCUUCUGGAGUCGGAUGAUCCCAAUUUGAGAGUGCAGGCAGCGAAGGAUAUCCGGCGUCUGACCAAGACUUCGCAGCGCUACCGGCGUCACUUCUCCGGCGCCGUUGGGCCACUUGUGGACAUGCUGCACUGCGGCUGCGCCGACGCCAACGAGGCUGCGCUCGCCGCAAUCCUUAACCUCGCCGUCAAAGACGAAACGAACAAGAUAAAUAUAAUUCAUGCCGGCGCCCUAAAACCAAUUAUUCGCUUCCUUCAGUCAGAGAAUGUAACCCUACAGGAAUAUGCAGCUGCAGCUUUGAUCACUUUGUCUGCAUCGUCUGUUAACAAGCCAAUCAUCAGUGCUUCUGGUGCCAUCCCUUUCCUUGUAGAUAUUCUGAGAAAUGGGGGCUCACAGGCGAGAACUGAUGCUGUAUUGGCUCUUUACAACUUAUCAACUCAUCCUGACAAUCUUAGCCUAAUCCUCCAAACAGAACCUAUUCCUCCCUUGAUUAGUUUGCUUAACUCCUCUAAGAGGUCUUCCAAAACAGCAGAAAAGUGUACUGCUUUAAUAGAAUCUUUGGUGAGUUUUGACGAGGGACGAAGAAUGCUCACAUCUGAGGAGGGGGGAAUACUUGCAGUAGUAGAAAUACUUGAGAGUGGAUCACUUCAGAGCCGGGAGCAUGCAGUUGGAGCACUUUUGAAAAUGUGCCAGAGUGAUCGUUCCAAAUAUAGAGAACCAAUCCUUAGAGAAGGCGUAAUCCCUGGGCUUCUUGAGCUCACGGUUCAAGGAACGGCCAAAUCUCAAUUAAAAGCACAAUCCCUUUUGAAACUGCUGAGAGACAGUCCUUAUCCAAGGUCGGAGCUGCAACCCGAUACCCUAGAGAAUAUAGUGUGCAAUAUUAUGUCUCAAAUCGAUGGGGAAGAUCAAACAGGAAAAGCAAAGCAGAUGCUUUCUGAGAUGGUAAAAGUUAGUAUGGAGCAGAGUUUAAGACACUUGCAACAAAGGGCUUUGGUAUGCACUCCUGCUGAUCUGCCCAUAAAUAGUUGCUCCCCCGAAGUUCCAUCAAAGUAAAAACAAACAUUAUCCACUCAUUAAUUCUUGAGAUUGUUCUUUUGUGUGAGAGAGAAAAGGAAAAAUGAAGUAAGAAUGCUAGUCCAGGCCUUUAGUAGGGGUACCAGGUGACUGGUUGCUGUCAAUAAAAUGAUUUUAGUCUAAAGGAGUGAAAUAUGAAUGGUUUGGUUUAGUCAGGUUUUUGUAAAGUCACUAUUUGUGUUGAGAAGCUAUACAAGAUGCAAAGGUUUGUUCCUAUACUUCUUGAAAUGGGGUGUUGUGCAGUCAACCUUUUACAGGAAUGUAUAUAUGAUUUUCCCUCAAGAACAAGAUUUUUUUGGUGAAUUUCUUAUUUGUGUUGAUCUACAUUUAUUCACAAUGAACUCCAUGUUUGUGCAA